AUGUCCGUCGACAGCGAUCUUGUCCGUGCCCUGCGGGACGAAGCCUUUCGCUGCGGGGAUAUCUUCGAAUGGCUGGGAACCUCCGGCUGGUCGAGGCGUAAGGAGGGCGCGUUGAAUGCGAUCCCAACGCUGGCCUCUACUUCCAGCAGACUUUUGCGUCUCGCGAGCACUACAAACCAGCUUCUAAACGCGUUGCAAUCAUAUAUCUUUAGCUUACCAGAUGACGUUCUCGUACUCAUCUUUCGCAACACCGCCUGGAUUGAUCCUCCUGAAAAUGGGUGUCGUGGGGUAACAGCCGCAUUGGGAUGGAUGGCUUUGCCACGCGUCUGCGUGCGAUGGAGGGACCUCGUGGAAGGGGAUCAGGUUAUCUGGGCUCAGGCAUACUCGCAAGUCCCAAGCCAGCGAGAACUCUUUCUGCGCAGGGCAGGAGAUGCCUUGACUACUUUCGAGAUAUCGCCGCAGGUCCCUCGACUGCACAGCGCUAUCAUAUUUGCAAGCCCAGCACUGCACCGAUUUCUUCUUGACUCUGACUUGUCUAACUGUCGAGCCAUCGUUCUUCAGGACUGCAGGGAUUUGGUCACAUACCUUUAUCACGUCUUCAACAUGAUCGGUGAUGGUCGCGUGCCUGUCCUGGCGGAGCUGCGCGUAGGCGCUGGACACUCUACAGAGCAUAGGCUAGUACGGUUCUGCAGAAAGUCGACGGGACGUCAGAGGAUCAUAGUCAAUCUACCGAAACUCAAGAGCUUGGUCCUUGACAACAUAUUCUUCGCAAUUGUCGCAGAGGGCCUAGAAACUCUGCGGCUUAGGCGUGUACACUGCUCAGCCAUCAGCGCAGUACCAAGACUGCGAACAGUGGUCCGUUCGCUCAUACGCCCUCACGCCCAUACGCUGCGCCAUCUCGAACUUUCACGAGCAUUCAAGUUGGAUAACGUCGCAGAAACACCGGACUCUGUGGCCUUGCCCAUGUUGCGCACUCUCCGCAUACAUGGGAGUCUUCUCUGCGUGCUUGCGGUGCUGAGCGUCCUCCAAGUUCCACGUGGCGUGCAAAGAGAUCUUACAGUAGAUCUGGGUGCUCUUCACGCGGCCCCCUCGACUGUGCAAGAUGCUUGGGGAGCACUGGCGGGCUCGUUCGACAGCAGCGCAUCAAACGCGGUGUAUAUCUGCUAUCGCGAGUCUGGACAAAGGUUGAAAGAUGAACGAAAUGUGCACGUACUCGGGGAAGCCCUCGAUAUCGAACUCUAUACUGAGAACGCUGCAUUCAAGUCCAGAGUUCGGGGUGUUACACAUCCCGCGGUGUCGAGCUUGAUCCUUCGCCUCCGGUGGGCUUUGAACGGCGAGUUCACAUGGUGGUCCCUGCUCGGGCUGGUGGCACAGGCGAUCGCUCGCGAUGCUACUGUCACUGCGGUAUUCCUUGACAUGCCGAAGCACUACUGGUAUCCGCAGCAGGCAAUGCCCUGGGUAAAAGCGGCCGAAAAGGUUGUAGAUGCAUUUCCGGAUCUCACCAAUAUCGGUCCGCGAGGGAAAGUCCUGGCUGCCAUAGAGGAGCACCUGUGGAAAGAACAUCGGAUUUACAUACGCAUUGCUUGUCUGGACUCUAUAUAA